AUGGCAGACACCAGAUCAUGCAAAUCAUCAAUGGCCUCAAUUGCAUCAAGGCAGGCAUCCCCCCUUACCACCCCAGCCACACUAGAAGGACCUUCCAAUGCACCUACAAGUUGCACAAGGGUCACACUCCAUCCAGAAAUCCUCUGGCAGCAAGAGGAUGCUACAAAACUCAAUCACCUGCACAGAUAUCUCAUAGGCAACAAUGCCAGCAGCAGAUCUCCACCCCCAGCACUCCACAGACUACUGGAGAAGAACACAGGGCAUCUAAUCAGCCAUCUAGACGCUUGGAAACAAACCAUGUUGCAGGAUGUGACACAAGCAGUAGAGAGUGCAAUUCAGCACCUUCUGACUGCCCCCAGCAGCACAGAUCCACACACACCUCCCAGAAGAGUCUUCACAGUCAUAGACAACACCCCCAAGGCCCCUUCUGGCUCAGGCAGCUCAGGCAACAAGGACUUCUUAGUCCCUAUCAAAGAUGAGCCUGACCCAAAAGGAAAACAAAGGGUCAAGUUGGAGUUACCAGAACAACCUAGAACAACCCCAAACACUUCCUGGACAAUCCCACAUGCCCAGGAACACCUUGACACUAACCCAGAGCAGUCAUUCAUCAGGCCAACACCUGUAGAUCCCCCAAGCACAUCUUGA